AUGGCCGCGGGCGGGCGGGCGGCCGAGCCGCUGGCCGAGCUCAGCCACUACGUGGUGGCGCGGCCCAUCUACAGCGAGCCCGGCUUCCAGGAGGAGAAYGAGCGGCGGCCGGCGCUGCCGCCCACGCUCCGCGAGCGGGCGCAGGCGGCCUGCAGAUGUUCAAGAAAAAGAGCCUUUCAAAUUGCCAAGUCCUUUCUGCCCAUCCUGGAGUGGCUGCCCAACUACCGGGUGAAAGAGUGGCUGAUCAGCGACAUCAUCUCGGGGCUCAGCACCGGCCUCGUUGCCACCCUGCAAGGAUUGGCAUAUGCUUUGCUGGUUGCAGUCCCUGUUGGAUAUGGUCUCUAUUCUGCUUUUUUUCCCAUCCUGACAUACUUUUUCCUGGGAACAUCAAGGCACAUCUCAGUUGGUCCAUUCCCAGUAGUCAGUUUAAUGGUGGGAUCUGUUGUAUUGAGCAUGGCCCCUGAUGAGAAUUUUCUCAUAGAAGGCAGUAAUGCUACAGGGAUUAAUGGCACUGGGGCACUGAUAGACACUGAAUCCAGAGAUGCACAGAGAGUACUCAUUGCUAGUACUCUCACGUUCCURGUUGGAAUUUUACAGGUUAUAUUUGGAGUCCUUCAGAUUGGUUUCAUUGUGAGGUACCUUGCAGAUCCACUAGUUGGGGGAUUCACAACUGCAGCUGCUUUUCAAGUGCUKGUGUCACAAUUGAAAAUAGUUCUGAAUGUUUCAACUAAAAAUUAUAAUGGUGUCCUUUCCAUAAUAUAUACUCUCGUUGAAACAUUUGAAAAAAUUGGUACCACCAAUGUUGCAGAUCUWAUUGCUGGACUCCUCACCAUUUUUGUCUGCAUGGUUGUUAAAGAAAUAAACGACCGGUUCAAACACAAGAUACCUAUACCCAUACCAAUAGAAGUUAUUGUGACAAUAGUAGCCACUGGCAUUUCAUAUGCUGCCAACUUGGAAAAAAAAUACAAUGCAGGCAUUGUUAAGAGCAUUCCAAGAGGAUUUUUGCCUCCUGAGCCUCCAAAUGUCAGCCUGUUUUCCCAGAUGAUAGCAGCCUCCUUUUCCAUUGCCAUUGUUGCUUAUGCUAUYGCUGUAUCUGUGGGGAAGGUGUAUGCAACCAAGUAUGACUAUGCUAUUGAUGGAAACCAGGAAUUUAUUGCCUUUGGGUUCAGCAACAUUUUUUCAGGUGCCUUUUCUUGUUUUGUUGCAACUACUGCUCUUUCACGAACUGCAGUCCAAGAAAGUACUGGUGGAAAGACUCAGGUUGCUGGUAUAAUCUCAGCCGGGAUCGUUUUGAUUUCUAUUGUUGCCCUGGGGAAAUUGCUAGAGCCCUUACAAAAGUCUGUGUUGGCAGCUGUAGUCAUAGCUAACUUGAAAGGGAUGUUCAUGCAAGUCUUUGAUGUUCCCCGCCUGUGGAGACAGAAUAAAGUGGACGCUAUGAUCUGGGUCUUUACAUGUAUAGCAUCSAUCAUUCUGGGACUUGAUUUGGGAUUACUUGCUGGCCUUUUGUUUGGAUUGCUGACAGUUGUGCUGAGAGUUCAGUUUCCUUCAUGGGGAGGCUUUGGAAACAUUCCUGGCACAGACAUCUACAAGAAGGUCAAGGACUACAAAAAUGUUAUAGAACCAGAAGGUGUGAAGAUUCUCAAGUUUUCAAGUCCAAUUUUUUAUGCUAACAUUGAUGGACUGAAAAGCAGCCUCAAAUCCACAGUGGGAUUUGAUGCAGUCAAGGUAUAUAACAAGAGACUCAAAGCACUGAGGAAAAUACAAAAGCUGGUCAAGAAGGGAAAAUUAAAAGCUACGAAGAAUGGCAUCAUCAGUGAGCCUGGUAUUAAUAACGAAGCUUUUGAGACUGAUGAGGAACCUGAAGACAACCAGGAUCUUCAAGUUCCCACCAAAGAAGUAGAAAUUCAGGUGGACUGGAAUUCAGAACUCCCAGUCAAAGUAAACAUCCCCAAGGUGCCCAUCCACAGUCUCAUUCUUGAUUUUGGAGCAGUAACCUUCUUGGAUAUUGUAGCUGUGAGAUCAAUAAAAACGAUAAUUAAAGAGUUUGAGAGAAUUGAUGUGAGAGUAUACUUUGCUUCAUAUCAAGACAACCUUAUAUCUCAGCUGGAACGGAGUGCUUUCUUUGAUGACACUGUCAGAAAAGACAUAUUUUUCUUGACUGUCCAUGAUGCUGUGCUCUACAUAAGGAAUCAGAUGACAUACAGUGACAACCAGGAUCCCAUAUUUGAAAAGAUUUCACUCAUGCAGGAGUCUAAAGAACCCAUAGAGUUCACAGAAACAAGCCGGCCUGAUGAUGAACUUGAUGUUCAGGAAGAGGCUAUGCGCCGACUUGCUUCCUGAAGGACUGCUGAUACUCCUACCUGUGAGCACACAGCAAUAUUCACGCACCAGUACUAUCUAUAUCAGCAUUUUCUGCUAUGAAACCAAUCUUUGCACUUGAAGAAGACCCUGAUUGUUUGUCUGAAUGAUACAGAUCUCUAUAACUCUCCAAAUUUUAGCUAACAUCCCAGAAGUAUUCUGGACCUUGAUUCAGCAAGCACUUUCUGCUAUGAUACAUUUUAAUAAAAACGAAAAUCAGAAGACUGUUGUGAAAGAUGUACUCAGUUUUGGGACUAGUCAGGCAGAAGUUGCACUACCCUUUUAUCAGUGUAUACAGGAUGAAAAGCUGCUUUGUGGUUUGCCCAGGAGAGUUGAAGAGACCAAAAUCUUUGGAUGGCAAACCUUUUGUUCGGUAUUUGUACAAUGCCCAGCAAAAGGGCGAGAGUUCCARCUGGCCAAGGCUUUGAAUUCUAGAACAUUAGUGUAGAAUAUGUGCUGACAAGCCUUGAAAAAUGUAUCAUGAUCAUUUUUUUCAAGAAAUUCCUUAAACUGCUGCAGGUUGUUAGAUCACUGAAAAAGGUGACAGGUGAAACUGUCACAUGAAGAGAAAACAGCACUGAACUACUAUGAUACUUUAAAUAGGAUAAGUUUCAAAAGACCCUUGGAUAUGGGUUCACUAGCUCUGUAUUAAUCCCAUGGUAGCAAGUCAUGCAUUACUAUUAAUGAUUGUCCCUUAAAUGAAGGACACACAGAAGAUUAUUUCGGCUAGGUUACAUAAUCUUCAUCAACAGGCAGAUCAUGACGUAAAUUAAGGAAAACCUUAGUCCCUGGGUGUUGARUGGAAUCUGUAGAACAGGCUGAAACUGAGUGCAAGCAAGAAAGUUAGAAUGUGACCUAGUAUAGAAGUKUGUGGGUUUUUUAAAUGAAAUAUAGAUGUAUUUUUUGUUUAAUGAAUAGUUAUAUUUUUAUAGAGAUUUUUUCUUUUAAUAUUCUACAUCAAACUGCUGCUCUUCUUUUAUAUUUGAAAGUUCAUCAUGCACAAGUGCAAUAAUUUACAAAAGAUAAAGAUUUGACCAGCAAAACUUUAAUCCUUAACUAAUGUCCUGAAUUUUCAUGAAGAAAUGUAUUUUGAUGGAAAACAGACUGCUACCUUAAAUUUUUUAGCACUACAUUAUUUUUUAAAUGGAAAAAAAAAAUAACAACCUGGUGAGGGUUUUCCUGCAUGGUGAGGAAACAGGUAAUAACUAAAGUGUAAGAAAUGCCCAGGUAUAAAAUGCCUUUAAGUUUAACAAUGUGGACUAAUUAGCUUCAGUAUAUUUAAUUCUUUUUAUUUGAUUACAUCAAAUUUUUCCACAUCACACUGCACAGAGAAGAUUUCUCACAGGAGGUGGCACUUCUGCCCACCUUGCUGUCGUGAAGUUCCCAUCAGGCUGUGGCCCCAGCUCCUAUUAACCUGACUACUGGAGCUGUUGCCAGUGCACAAGGCCAGUGACAUGUUUCUCAGAAGCUGUAUUGCUUUUCUGAAACAGAUGUAYAUUUUAUGUAAAACGUUCUACCGGGUGAGUGAGCUUUCAGCUAAUUGUUAAAGCAGGACACACUCUAGGGAAAAGAUGGUAAAAAAUUGUGGUUAUUUUUUUCUCAAGACAACAUCUGCACUGUGAAGUUUGAGUACAGAUUCUUACUUGACRGAGAUGUGGGCUUACAUUAUUUUUUAAACUUUCUCUAGUUCUUGUCAGGUGUUUAAAAAGCAAUUAAAUACUCAGUAGUCUUCCAGUUCUUUUCCAAAUAUGACAUCUGAGCUGGGAUUGUGAUAAAAUGUAAUAAAAYGCACUUAUUCUCAGCCUGCAUAUUUCUUCCAGACAUGAUUGUAUCUGUCCUUAAUUUAACUGGCACAAAAUAUUAAACUUUUUCCGAAAAAUAACAUUUCACUCAAGCCUAUAGUGGAAGUGUAAGAGGUAAUGUGCAGAAUGCAUUCAAAUGCCUUUCUCAAGUGGGUAUGUGCUUAAUUUUCUAUGUACCCAGCAAACUGAAGGAUACCAAAAUAAUGAAUUUUUCAAUGAAGAUAAAAUUCUCUACAGUUUUGUACUAAUUCAAAUAUCCRUAAGUAGUGUAACUAGGUGUGGUUAUCUUUUUCCAGUAGGAUGAAGAMGAGGUAUUUUUAUAUGCAUUUUGAGUAUUGCUGUUGUCUUUGCAUGUUAGAUACUAAAUUUGGAGAUGUAUUUUAAGUUUUUUACCCUUUUAAAAAGCUGCAUUUGAAAAGCAAUUGUAUCCAUUAACUAGAAAAUAAAGUUAUGCAUACUGAAACCA